AUGGCGAAAAAGGAAGUCGAAAAAUUACGCAGAGAAUUAGCGGAAUUGACAUUUAAGAUAGAUGACGACAGACAACAAACAAUUGACGAAGCUUUAAAACGUUUUGAAAGCCAACAUAAAGGCACUGUUGAACAAUACGAAAAUGAACAGCAUCGUUUACGAAAUGAAGUUCAAGAUCUAUCAGAUCAGUUAUCUAGACAAUGGCUUACUAAAGUCCAAAGAGCUUUAGAUAAUCCAUUGUAUGACGGACAGAAGGGUAAAGUGUUAUCAUUAUUGUUGGAAGGCUAUGCUAAAACUAACUGGGAAAUUAUGCCCGAUGCACUUAAAUCGGACUAUGACGCAAUUAUUCAGAUGUUAAAACAAACAUUUAUUGGACCGUUACAUAAACAUACAAAAGGAUAUGCGGCUAGAUUAAGAAUUUUAGCCCGAGAACAUUAUGAGUUCGAACCGCAAGUGAUAGAAACAGUUGUGAUAGAUCGAUUUAUGAAUACUAUUCCGGAAAAAGUAAAACGAUAUAUCUAUGAACAUUCUCAACAUAAUGACACUAUUUUGAAAUCUUUAGAAAAGAUAAUACAUAUUGCUAAAACUAAAAGUAAAUUAGAUGAAAUGGAAUCAGUUUCACAUGCAGCCGCAGCUUCGACUAUAGCGAGAGCUGAAGAUACCCGUCAAUAUACUGAUAGGCCUCCUGAGCCUGAUUUUAGAAGAAAAUCGCCAGACGAACAAUGGUAUAGAAACCGUGCUAGGUCCAGGCAAAACACCAGCUAUGACUCUGAUGAACAACAGUCUCGUAAUACAUACAGGCGAGAUAGACGUGAAGACCGUUACCAACGAAGACGUAUACGAGGUGAUGACAACUAUAAUCACAGAACUGAAGAUCGAACAUCAAGAAGAGAUGACAGACAAGAUAGACGCCGUACUGACUUCAGGAGUAGCCCUCAGGAUAACUUUCAGAAUAGAUAUCAAUCAGAACAACGCCAAUUCUGCGAAGAUUUCUCCAGAAACAGACAACAAUCACCAAGACUUCAACGCUAUUCACCGAGAUUUAAUCGUCGAUUUCCAUGGACUACAAGAUGUUCACCCUUUUUAUAUUGUAGACAGUUUAACUGA